AUGGAUCAAGUGAAAGCGCCUACAACAAUCCUCGAUCUUGAGAUCGAGGUUCUGGCGACCAUUCUAGAACAUGUUUGCGACACCUCACCUCGAACCGGUCCGGCACUCGCGCGAGUCAACAAACAGUUCAAUAAUGCUGUCCAACUUGUCCGCCAUCGCCACACAACGCUUUACUGGGACCAUGAAGCCGGGUGCUUCGUCACACGAGCAACGAUUUACUGGGACUAUGAAGCCGAGCGCUUCGUCAAACGAGCAGGACUACCACCCAGCUCAUGGAAGACGGAUGACUUUCUUCGAGGAGUGCGCCAUCUGACAAUUACCCGGUGCCGCCCAUGUGGACGCUCGGAGUUUUACCAAUCUAUGGGGCAGUUGAGCGAGCUCAUUUGUCAGAUCGGCAACUUGCAGACUUUGACUUGGGACUGUUACUUCCCGCCACUGGCCUCCAUCGUCCAGACUCUCGAGGAGCGACACCCAAGAGCCCACUUCCAUGUGCGUCGGGUGACGCCGUCGGACUGUGACUGGCUCGACGAACUGCCAGAGGCAAGCAAAAGCCCUCUGGUAAGCAAGUGUCUGAGAUCGUUCGGAGCCGAUUGUGUCGUAUACGGCGACGCCCAGCGGACUGAAAGGGAACACAUCCUCUUUCAGAAGAUCAUCAACAGUGCGCCAAACUUGAAGUUCGCCUCUGUGAUAUCCUCUGGGGCCCACCCAUCUCUGGUGUUGACCCCAGCUAUGGUGGCCGGCUGGGAAACCUGGCAUGUCAAACAGAAGCCCACCUCUUCGCUUCGUCAUCUGACACUGGACGGCUGGCCUUUAUCGGCACAUGCUCUCGACUAUUGGUCAAAAGUCGUCGACCUGACUGCUCUCGAGAGCCUCAAGUGCAGCAGGGGCAUGCUCACCAAGUCAUACUUUGAUCGCGCUCCACAGGUUCUCACCAAUCUCAAGCAUGUCAGUCUCAAUCUCAGAUCAACUACCGCGCGUGAGACUGUCGAGGCUGUCCAAAAAUAUAUUGAAACCUGCGCGCCCUUGUCGACACUGAGUCUCUGGUCCUGGCACGGUAAAGUCAGUUUGCAAUCCAUUCUGUCGAGACACGGCCCUACCUUGGAAGCACUUCAUCUUCACGAGCGCGAACCCCAUGGAUUUUAUGUUCAAACAUCGGACACUGACCCGCCCCGACGGCCUAUCUUGUCUACGGAUGAGCUCCGUCAGAUCCUUGAAUCGUGCCCCAAGUUGAAGGUCUUUACCUUCGACCUUAAACGUAAGACACAAUUUCUCAAUAUCAAUGAUUAUCAGGGGUACCUGGACCAACUCAAGAACGUCAAGCUGGACAAGUUGCAAAUUUACUUUGAUUGCGGCAUUCAAUACCUCUCCACCUCUAUUCACUGGGAAGAUGAGCGCAUCCCGAACAGAUGUGGCGCUGAGUUUCCCUCGGAACCUGUGUUACCACCUUUCCAAUGGGAACCAGGCCACCCACCCCUUUACCCUCCUUCAUCCGGUGACAAUAUCCGUCGCUUCGUCGGCGAAUUGUGGAAGCACAUUUUCGGAGCUCGCACCUAUGGUGAGCGUCUUCUCGAUGUCAAGUUUGGCGAAUGGGAGCAGAAGGGUUUGCAGCACCAGCGCUGGGACAAUGAAAAUGAACGUCAGAAGGAUCUCAGAGUGUAUUGCCAGGCAAGCCCACAUGAAAGAGACGAUAAAGCGGGAGAGUGUCAAAUCUUGAUGAAGUGUUGUGGCGGAAAUCAUUCGCAGCUAUUUUCGUCUGGUUGA